UGUGAGUUCGAUGACACCAUCACAAAGUCAAUCAUCAAACUGUGGCCGAGGGUGUCCUAUGUGGAUGCCCUUAUGACUAUACAAUGCUGUUUCUGAGCACAGAAGUCCAAUAACAGAACAUCGUUCAGGUGUUGGUAGGUGGGGUUCCUUCUUCCCAAUCAAGCCCUUCCAGGUGUCACUCUAAUUCACAUGAGCAAUGAAGUCACCCGGCAGAAUAAGGGAUCGCCAAGUUGGAGUGAUCUCCAGCACCUCCACUAACAACUCCAAAAAGGGUAUGAUUAAGGUCGAGGAUGAAGAGAUUGGAAACAAUGAGGCAUAUCUCGAAGCUGAGAAGGCAAAAGCCGUUUUGCCAAAGGAGGAAAAAGAGGGUGUUACUGAGGAAGGAAUGGGGGAAGGAUACGACGGUGACAGGACAGAGGACGAUGAUGAAAAUGAUGAAGAAAGAGAUUCUGCGGCUGAACCGGAGGACUUGUCCAUGGUGGAUUAUUCACUUUACGACAGUGCAGCUCUGCAGGAUGCCUCAGCAGGGGCCGCUUCAGAGAGAACUUACAUGACAGGAGCCAUGACUCCCCACAUGCAGUCAAUGGGGAAGCUUAACUGCGACAUCUGCGGCUUGUCCUGCGUCAGCAUCAACGUACUGCUGGUGCACAAACGCAGCCACACGGGUGAGAGACCAUUCCACUGUGCUCAGUGUGGAGCUUCCUUUACUCAGAAAGGAAAUCUGCUUCGCCACAUCAAACUCCACUCUGGGGAGAAGCCUUUCAAAUGUCCCAUGUGCAGCUAUGCUUGCCGCCGACGUGACGCCCUGAGCGGGCACCUGCGCACCCAUUCUGUAGAGAAGCCCUUCAAGUGCAACCUCUGCAGUCGCAGUUACAAGCAGCGCAGCUCCCUCGAAGAGCACAGAGAGAGGUGCCACGUGUACGUUCACUCUAAAGCACCUGCUGAGAAAGACGCAAGUCACCCAUCAAGGACUCAGAUGGGCACCGAGCGUGCUCUGCUACUUGACAGGCUCGCCACAAAUGUAGCCAAACGCAAGAGUUCCAUGCCGCAGAAGUUUACAGGUGACAAUGGUGUCUGUCUGGACCUAAGCUUGAACAGGAACACAGUUCACCAACAGGACCCUCCUUUAUGCUCCCCAGGGCCUGAGGUGCACUGCCAGCAGCCAUUAAUGCGUUCAGGCCCUGACAGUGACCCGGCUCACUCCCAAAGGCCGUACCCUGUUCUGUUAAACCGCAAUGACAUCAGUCCUAUUGGCCUCACCAACGGCCACAAGACGAUCCUGCCCCUGCCAGGUCUACCUCACACCCCCCAGCAACCUCCUAGCAUGGAUGCGUUCAACCCUGAUGGCUUCCAGGGAUCUCCUAUCAUGUAUAGCUUAGGCCACUUACUGGGUGGUCUGAACCAUCAGAACGGGAUCCCACACUCUCAGCCCGUUCCCUUGUCACCCUUGGAAGCUUUGCAGGUGGUGCGGGCUGACGGAGAAGCUGGGGGGAUGCCUGGGGCCUUGUACUCCUGCAGCCACUGCAAGGUGAUCUUUCUUGACUACGUCAUGUUCACUAUCCACAUGGGCUGCCACGGCUUCCGCAACCCGCUUGAGUGCAAUGUGUGUGGCCAUCGCAGUCGAGACCGUUACGAGUUCUCGUCACACAUAGUCCGCGGGGAGCACCGAUUGGAAAUGAAAUAGCUACCAUCCCAUUAGGGGCCCACAUUACACACACAAUUGGGUGACAAAUGACGAUGCAGAUUUACUUUUCAAUGUAGCUAGUGGAACUAGAAAUGAAAGGAUGGACUAUGUGGUGUGUUUUGAGUGUAUAUUAUACAGUAAGAGGCAGGUUUCAGACAUGUAUUAGUGUUAAGUUGGUGUUAUACAUUGUGCUGUAUAUCAGGCUAUAGCUACUGUUCAUUUUGAACAUACAAAUGUUUUCCAAAACAGCUCAAUAUAUUCUGCUGAUGUUUUUUUUUCCUUUGCUAAGAGAUGAGAAUAAAACUAAUAAUUUUUGUCACA